AUGCGCUUCUCCAUCAUCGCCCUCUCCGCCAUCCUCGGCGUUGCUGCCGCCGCCCCGGAGCCCGUCGCCCUCAACUACGAUGACGUCGUCGUUGUUGGCGAGGAUGACUCCUACACCGUCAUGAAGGACUACGAGUACGAGGCCAUCAAGGCCCGUGACCUCCAGAUUGCCCCCAGAGCUCGCGUCGCCUCUGCCCCUGAGCCCAGCCUCAAGCGCCGCGGCUGCGAGGAAUCCACCGAGUUCCAGAUCCUCACCGACGACACCUUCCUCAACUGGGACGUCCCCAUGUCUCCCGUCGUCAACUCUGUCGGCAACGACGUCGCUGUCUCUGUCGACAAGGGCUACUCCCUUGCCAACUCCGUCGGCGUCACUGCCGGCCUGUCCUACACCAUCCCCAAGAUCGCCCUCGGUGUCUCUCUCUCCGUCUCCUACACCAAGACCUGGACCUCCACCGAGUCUCAGAACCUCCGUUUCACUGUUCCCGAGGGACAGUUCGGUCUCGUCGUCUCCCAGCCCCAGGUCCGCCGCAUCACGGGCAACAUCCUCGAGGGCUGCACCGACUCCCCCAGCUACACCCCCUUCACCUCCGACACCUACACCGACCAGUCCUACGGCAACCUCAACUGGGUCAAGGGUGUCAUCCGCCUUUGCAACAGCACCACCUACCCCGUCCCCUUCUGCAUCGGCGAGGGCUCCCACAACUAA